GCCAGCAGCGGCGGCGGCGGCGGCGGCAGCGGCAGCGGCGGCGGCGCAGCGGGAGCGGAACUAGCUGCACUCGUGGGCUGACGCUCCGCAAUGAGACAGUAGCUGCAUCCCCGCGUGCACUGCUGUAGGGUAACAUCUGGACUGGACUUGAGGCUCCUCUGGUGCUCGGAUGUCUCUAAGUUCCUGGAUGAGCUUGUUGAAGACUGUAUUGCUGCUAGAAUCUUCUCACUCCUGCGGAUCUUUUCAGGGAAACUGAAACUGAAUAAACUGAGAAUUUUGAUGCUCUAAGUGAAACCCAUCAAGUCAUCUAUGAAAAUGGUGGCCCUAUCCUUAAAGAUCUGUGUCCGCCACUGCAAUGUGGUGAAGACCAUGCAGUUUGAGCCGUCUACAGCUGUCUACGACGCCUGCCGAGUCAUUCGGGAGAGAGUGCCUGAGGCACAGACUGGGCAAGCUUCUGAUUAUGGGCUGUUUCUCUCUGAUGAAGACCCAAGGAAAGGGAUUUGGCUAGAAGCAGGUCGGACACUGGAUUACUACAUGUUGCGGAAUGGGGACAUUCUGGAGUACAAGAAGAAACAAAGGCCUCAGAAAAUCCGAAUGUUGGAUGGCUCUGUGAAGACAGUAAUGGUGGAUGACUCCAAGACAGUGGGGGAGCUCCUGGUCACAAUCUGCAGCAGGAUAGGAAUAACGAAUUAUGAAGAAUACUCUUUAAUCCAAGAAACCAUUGAAGAAAAAAAAGAAGAAGGGACAGGCACACUGAAAAAAGACAGGACGUUGUUGCGAGAUGAGAGGAAGAUGGAGAAGCUGAAGGCCAAACUGCACACGGACGAUGACUUAAAUUGGCUAGAUCACAGCCGGACGUUCAGAGAGCAAGGCGUGGAUGAAAAUGAGACAUUGCUGCUUCGACGGAAGUUCUUUUACUCUGAUCAGAAUGUGGACUCCAGAGACCCAGUGCAGUUGAACUUGCUCUAUGUCCAGGCUCGGGAUGACAUCCUGAACGGCUCUCACCCCGUCUCUUUCGAAAAAGCGUGCGAGUUUGGUGGGUUCCAAGCCCAGAUACAGUUUGGACCACACGUGGAACAUAAACACAAGCCUGGAUUCUUAGAUCUAAAGGAAUUCCUGCCAAAAGAAUACAUCAAGCAGAGAGGAGCCGAGAAGCGAAUAUUUCAGGAACAUAAAAACUGUGGAGAGAUGAGUGAAAUAGAAGCCAAGGUGAAGUACGUCAAACUCGCCCGGUCCCUCCGGACAUAUGGGGUGUCCUUUUUCCUAGUAAAGGAAAAAAUGAAAGGCAAGAAUAAGCUGGUUCCCCGCCUCCUGGGCAUCACCAAGGACUCCGUCAUGCGUGUGGAUGAGAAGACCAAGGAGGUGCUUCAGGAGUGGCCGCUCACCACGGUCAAGCGCUGGGCAGCUUCACCUAAGAGCUUCACACUGGAUUUUGGGGAGUACCAAGAAAGCUACUAUUCAGUACAAACCACAGAGGGGGAGCAAAUAUCCCAGCUGAUUGCAGGAUACAUUGACAUCAUCCUCAAAAAGAAACAAAGCAAAGAUAGAUUUGGGCUGGAAGGGGAUGAGGAGUCAACCAUGUUAGAAGAGUCUGUUUCCCCAAAAAAAUCGACCAUCCUGCAGCAGCAGUUCAACCGGACUGGGAAGGCAGAGCAUGGCUCGGUGGCACUGCCAGCUGUCAUGCGCUCUGGCUCCAGUGGGCCUGAGACUUUCAAUGUUGGCAGCAUGCCAUCACCACAGCAGCAGGUCAUGGUCGGACAGAUGCACCGAGGACACAUGCCUCCGCUGACUUCGGCGCAGCAAGCCCUUAUGGGGACCAUCAACACAAGCAUGCACGCUGUCCAGCAGGCUCAGGAUGACCUCAGCGAGCUGGACUCACUGCCACCUCUCGGCCAAGAUAUGGCAUCUAGGGUAUGGGUUCAGAACAAAGUGGAUGAAUCCAAGCAUGAAAUUCACUCUCAAGUCGAUGCCAUCACAGCUGGAACAGCUUCGGUCGUCAACCUCACGGCUGGUGACCCUGCAGACACUGACUACACAGCCGUGGGCUGUGCAAUCACUACAAUUUCUUCCAACCUGACCGAAAUGUCCAAGGGGGUCAAGCUGCUGGCGGCCCUCAUGGACGAUGACGUGGGCAGUGGGGAAGACCUUCUCAGAGCUGCCAGGACCCUCGCUGGAGCUGUGUCUGAUUUGCUGAAGGCUGUGCAGCCUGCUUCUGGAGAGCCUCGACAGACUGUUUUGACUGCUGCUGGAAGCAUUGGCCAAGCCAGUGGAGAUCUCCUGAGACAGAUCGGAGAGAACGAGACAGACGAGAGAUUCCAAGACGUUUUAAUGAGUCUAGCUAAAGCUGUCGCCAACGCUGCUGCCAUGUUAGUACUCAAGGCAAAGAAUGUGGCCCAGGUGGCUGAAGACACCGUCCUCCAGAACAGAGUGAUCGCCGCAGCCACCCAGUGUGCCCUCUCCACCUCACAGCUUGUGGCGUGUGCUAAGGUGGUGAGCCCCACCAUCAGCUCUCCUGUGUGCCAGGAGCAGCUGAUAGAAGCGGGGAAGCUGGUGGACCGCUCUGUGGAAAACUGUGUCCGAGCCUGCCAGGCGGCCACCGGUGAUAGUGAGCUCCUGAAGCAGGUCAGCGCAGCAGCCAGCGUGGUCAGCCAGGCCCUGCACGACCUCCUGCAGCAUGUGCGGCAGUUCGCCAGUCGAGGCGAGCCCAUUGGCCGCUACGACCAGGCCACUGACACCAUCAUGUGUGUCACUGAGAGCAUCUUCAGUUCCAUGGGCGAUGCUGGUGAGAUGGUGCGCCAAGCCCGGGUGCUGGCCCAGGCCACAUCAGAUCUUGUCAAUGCCAUGAGGUCAGAUGCGGAGGCUGAGAUUGACAUGGAGAAUUCCAAGAAGCUCCUGGCGGCCGCAAAGCUCUUGGCGGACUCUACCGCCCGCAUGGUGGAAGCUGCAAAGGGCGCUGCAGCCAACCCAGAGAAUGAAGACCAGCAACAAAGACUGAGAGAGGCUGCCGAGGGUCUCCGAGUCGCAACCAACGCUGCUGCGCAGAAUGCUAUCAAGAAAAAAAUCGUCAACCGGCUGGAGGUUGCAGCCAAGCAGGCUGCAGCUGCUGCCACACAGACCAUUGCAGCCUCCCAGAAUGCAGCCAUCUCCAACAAGAACCCCUCAGCCCAGCAGCAGCUGGUCCAGAGCUGCAAGGCGGUGGCUGAUCACAUCCCUCAACUUGUACAGGGUGUGAGAGGGAGCCAAGCUCAAGCCGAAGACCUCAGUGCCCAGCUGGCUCUCAUCAUCUCCAGCCAGAACUUCCUGCAGCCUGGAAGCAAGAUGGUGUCCUCUGCUAAGGCGGCGGUGCCCACUGUGAGUGACCAGGCCGCAGCCAUGCAGCUGAGCCAGUGCGCCAAGAACCUGGCGACCAGCCUGGCCGAGCUGCGCACUGCCUCACAGAAGGCCCAUGAAGCCUGUGGCCCCAUGGAAAUUGAUUCUGCGCUGAACACUGUGCAGACGCUCAAGAAUGAGCUACAGGACGCCAAGAUGGCCGCUGCAGAAAGCCAACUGAAACCACUUCCGGGAGAAACACUAGAAAAGUGUGCUCAGGACCUGGGAAGCACCUCGAAGGGCGUGGGUUCCUCCAUGGCUCAGCUCCUCACCUGCGCUGCUCAAGGCAAUGAGCACUACACAGGUGUGGCAGCUAGAGAAACAGCGCAGGCCCUGAAAACACUGGCCCAGGCUGCCCGGGGAGUGGCAGCGUCCACCAAUGAUCCUGAGGCUGCUCAUGCCAUGUUAGAUUCUGCUCGGGAUGUGAUGGAGGGCUCCGCCAUGCUCAUCCAAGAAGCCAAGCAGGCCCUGAUUGCACCUGGAGAUACAGAAAGUCAGCAGAGAUUAGCCCAGGUGGCCAAAGCUGUGUCUCACUCACUGAAUAACUGCGUGAAUUGCCUCCCUGGACAGAAGGAUGUGGAUGUUGCCUUGAAGAGCAUUGGGGAGUCCAGCAAGAAGCUACUUGUAGAUUCGCUACCUCCGAGCACAAAGCCUUUCCAGGAAGCCCAGAGUGAGCUGAACCAGGCCGCUGCUGAUCUGAACCAAUCUGCUGGGGAAGUCGUCCACGCCACAAGGGGCCAGAGUGGAGAGCUGGCAGCUGCUUCUGGAAAGUUCAGUGAUGACUUUGACGAGUUCCUGGAUGCUGGCAUCGAAAUGGCUGGCCAGGCACAGACUAAAGAAGACCAGAUGCAAGUGAUAGGGAACCUGAAGAAUAUCUCUAUGGCGUCCAGCAAGCUCCUGUUAGCCGCCAAGUCUCUCUCUGUAGACCCUGGAGCUCCCAAUGCAAAAAAUCUUCUGGCUGCAGCUGCAAGAGCUGUGACGGAGAGCAUCAAUCAGCUCAUCAUGCUGUGCACUCAGCAAGCUCCCGGUCAGAAGGAGUGUGACAAUGCCCUGCGGGAGCUCGAGACUGUCAAAGGGAUGUUGGAAAACCCGAAUGAGCCUGUGAGUGACCUCUCUUACUUUGACUGCAUUGAGAGUGUGAUGGAGAACUCCAAGGUUCUGGGAGAGUCAAUGGCAGGGAUUUCACAGAAUGCUAAGACUGGAGACCUCCCUGCCUUCGGAGAAUGUGUGGGGAUUGCAUCCAAGGCUCUCUGUGGGCUGACAGAGGCAGCAGCCCAGGCUGCGUACCUGGUUGGCAUCUCUGAUCCAAAUAGCCAGGCAGGCCACCAAGGCCUGGUGGACCCCAUCCAGUUUGCCAGGGCCAACCAGGCGAUCCAGAUGGCAUGUCAGAACUUGGUAGACCCUGGCAGCAGCCCAUCACAGGUUCUGUCAGCUGCCACUAUCGUGGCCAAGCACACCUCAGCCUUAUGCAAUGCCUGCCGCAUCGCCUCAUCCAAGACGGCCAACCCUGUUGCCAAGAGGCACUUCGUCCAGUCAGCCAAGGAGGUUGCCAACAGCACUGCCAACCUGGUCAAGACCAUCAAGGCCCUGGAUGGGGAUUUCUCUGAAGACAACCGCAAUAAGUGUCGUAUUGCUACCACGCCCUUGAUUGAAGCCGUGGAGAAUCUGACAGCGUUUGCAUCAAACCCCGAGUUUGCCAGCAUUCCUGCACAGAUCAGCUCUGAGGGCUCCCAGGCGCAGGAACCAAUCUUGGUCUCAGCCAAGACCAUGCUGGAGAGUUCGUCGUACCUCAUCCGCACUGCACGCUCUCUAGCCAUCAACCCCAAAGAUCCGCCCACCUGGUCGGUCUUGGCUGGACACUCCCACACUGUGUCUGACUCCAUUAAGAGUCUCAUCACGUCUAUCAGGGACAAAGCCCCAGGGCAGAGGGAAUGUGACUACUCCAUUGAUGGCAUCAACCGGUGCAUCAGGGACAUCGAGCAGGCCUCCCUGGCCGCUGUCAGCCAGAGCCUGGCCACGAGGGAUGACAUCUCUGUGGAGGCCCUACAGGAGCAGCUGACCUCGGUGGUCCAGGAAAUCGGCCAUCUUAUUGAUCCCAUCGCCACAGCAGCCCGAGGAGAAGCCGCCCAACUUGGACAUAAGGUGACACAGCUGGCAAGCUACUUUGAGCCUUUGAUCUUAGCUGCAGUUGGUGUCGCCUCCAAGAUGCUAGACCAUCAACAACAGAUGACCGUGCUGGACCAGACCAAGACUCUUGCAGAGUCUGCCCUGCAGAUGCUGUAUGCAGCUAAAGAAGGUGGAGGAAACCCCAAGGCACAGCAUACCCACGACGCCAUCACAGAGGCUGCGCAGCUGAUGAAGGAAGCUGUAGAUGACAUCAUGGUGACACUGAAUGAAGCGGCCAGUGAGGUGGGACUGGUGGGAGGCAUGGUGGACGCCAUCGCAGAGGCCAUGAGCAAGCUGGAUGAAGGCACACCUCCAGAACCAAAGGGAACAUUUGUUGACUACCAGACGACUGUGGUUAAAUACUCCAAAGCCAUUGCCGUCACCGCUCAGGAAAUGAUGACUAAGUCGGUUACUAACCCGGAGGAGUUGGGAGGCCUGGCUUCACAAAUGACCACUGACUAUGGGCACCUGGCUCUCCAGGGCCAGAUGGCAGCAGCCACCGCCGAACCAGAGGAGAUUGGAUUCCAGAUUCGCACACGUGUGCAGGACCUGGGCCAUGGCUGUAUCUUCCUGGUGCAGAAGGCAGGGGCCCUCCAGGUGUGCCCCACAGACAGCUACACCAAGAGAGAGCUGAUCGAGUGUGCCCGCUCCGUCACUGAGAAGGUGUCCUUGGUGCUGUCCGCUCUCCAGGCUGGGAACAAGGGGACCCAGGCAUGCAUCACGGCUGCAACUGCAGUUUCUGGGAUCAUUGCCGAUCUGGAUACCACCAUUAUGUUUGCAACGGCUGGCACACUGAAUGCAGAAAACGGGGAGACCUUUGCCGAUCACAGGGAGAACAUUCUGAAGACAGCCAAGGCCUUGGUGGAAGACACAAAGCUGCUCGUGUCAGGGGCUGCAUCCACCCCAGACAAGCUGGCCCAGGCAGCCCAGUCCUCAGCAGCCACCAUCACCCAGCUUGCCGAGGUGGUCAAGCUGGGGGCUGCCAGCCUGGGCUCCAACGACCCCGAGACCCAGGUGGUACUGAUAAACGCCAUCAAGGACGUGGCCAAGGCCCUUUCCGAUCUCAUUGGUGCUACCAAGGGAGCAGCCAGCAAGCCGGCUGAUGACCCCUCCAUGUACCAGCUCAAAGGAGCCGCCAAGGUGAUGGUGACCAAUGUCACCUCCCUUCUUAAGACUGUGAAGGCAGUGGAAGACGAGGCCACCCGGGGCACAAGGGCUCUUGAGGCCACCAUCGAGUACAUAAAACAGGAGCUCACAGUGUUCCAGUCGAAAGACGUACCUGAGAAGACGUCAUCACCCGAGGAAUCUAUAAGAAUGACGAAAGGCAUCACCAUGGCAACAGCCAAAGCCGUGGCUGCAGGGAACUCAUGUAGACAAGAAGAUGUAAUUGCAACCGCCAAUCUGAGCAGGAAGGCUGUCUCAGAUAUGUUGAUAGCUUGCAAGCAAGCAUCCUUCUAUCCUGAUGUCAGUGAAGAGGUACGAACCAGAGCCUUGCGGUAUGGCACAGAAUGCACCUUGGGCUACCUGGACCUACUAGAACACGUCUUGGUGAUCCUUCAAAAGCCAACCCCAGAACUCAAGCAUCAGCUGGCUGCUUUCUCCAAGAGAGUUGCUGGUGCUGUGACAGAGCUCAUCCAGGCCGCAGAAGCUAUGAAAGGAACAGAGUGGGUGGAUCCAGAAGACCCAACCGUCAUUGCAGAAACGGAGUUACUGGGAGCUGCGGCAUCCAUUGAAGCCGCUGCCAAGAAGUUAGAGCAACUGAAGCCAAGAGCAAAGCCAAAGCAAGCAGACGAGACCCUGGAUUUUGAAGAACAGAUCUUGGAAGCUGCUAAAUCCAUUGCUGCUGCCACAAGUGCCCUGGUCAAAUCAGCCUCAGCAGCCCAGAGGGAACUGGUGGCCCAAGGCAAGGUGGGCUCCAUCCCUGCCAACGCUGCCGAUGAUGGACAGUGGUCACAGGGGCUGAUCUCUGCUGCCCGGAUGGUGGCAGCAGCAACCAGCAGUCUCUGUGAGGCAGCCAAUGCCUCUGUUCAGGGACAUGCCAGUGAGGAAAAGCUCAUCUCAUCCGCCAAGCAGGUCGCAGCUUCAACCGCUCAGCUGCUGGUGGCCUGCAAGGUGAAGGCCGACCAGGACUCAGAGGCCAUGAAGCGGCUACAGGCGGCAGGAAAUGCUGUGAAAAGAGCCUCAGACAAUCUUGUCCGUGCAGCCCAGAAGGCAGCAUUUGGCAAAGCUGAUGAUGACGAUGUUGUUGUGAAAACCAAGUUCGUGGGAGGCAUUGCUCAGAUCAUUGCAGCCCAGGAGGAAAUGCUGAAGAAAGAGCGCGAGCUGGAGGAAGCCAGGAAGAAGCUGGCCCAGAUCCGCCAGCAGCAGUACAAAUUCCUCCCCACAGAGCUGAGGGAAGAUGAGGGCUAAGACCCGCCCAUGCUGGUGAGCCCCGGGAGGCGGUUCCUACUCCCCCAACAAGAACUGGACAUACCGGUGUCCCCAGAGCCAGGAGCUUCCUGGAAACUGCAGGCCCUUCACCCGGAAGUCUCUCCCAGUCCUCAGUCCCGUUACCAUCAGCUGCAUGAUCUUGAUCUCACACGGUACAGUGUCCCACCCACAGCUCCUCCGGCUCCCCUCACGCCUCGCUAUAUCUCAGGACAGAGGGGGCGCACAUUUCAUGGACUGUUACCAAAAAGAAAAGUCAGUAUUAUGUUGUUCUCAGUCACCUGUGUUCUUUGUCCUCCAAGACUGCUCCAGGGCCUCUUUGUGAAAUCACACUAGGAAAAGAACAAUGACAAUAAUGGCUCACAGGAAUCAUCGGUAUCUAUCGUGGACACUGACACUCUCUCUCUAGAGGGAAGACAGAGCUGGAGUUGGGCACUCUUAAUAAAGCCAGAAACACUCCCAAGUGGACUUUGGGGUCUAGAGUCACAGAGGUCCUGUAAAUGUGGAGCACUGACUCACCCACGGGGGAGAAGAUCCCCUGCCCCGUUUGCACGCUUUUCUUGCCUCAGUGCGUAAGCUCCUUGUACAACCACACCCAUCUUGUAUUCUGUGGCCCAGAAAAAUGGAAGUUAUUUUAUUUUAUUUUUCUCUCCGUAAUCCAAAGGGCAGAGUUGUGGGAAAUGGUCAGGGCUAGGUGGGCAGGGGCCGGAAUAAAAUACUGGGCUCCUCACUCUGCAAGGCUGUUUCAGUUUAUGCAGACACACACUUGGAGACUAUGUCCCUGGAGGAUCUCAGUGCAGCGCCCCCUGGAGGAAGAGUCAGGUAGCAUUUAGAAAGGAGGUUCUGUUUUUGAGCCCCAUUAUCAGUUUCUAUGCACUUAGGAGGGUCCAAGUUCAAGAAGGAAAGUUAUUUGUUUAGAACUUUGACCUUUGAUCCCAAGAGGGCAUUUCCCACCAUGUAUCUUAAUAUUCCCAAAAUCUAAAUGUCCCCUCUGGUCAUUGUGGACCUGUGUGACUGCAUUGCUUGUUGUCACAGUACAUCAUCUGGGUGCUGCACUUUGAGCCCUGCAGAUAUCUUCCCCUCAGGGCCCUCUUCUGAUUAUAGAUCCCUGAAUUUACAUUUGCGCUGAGCCUAAGGUGGUGGAUGAGGAAGGGCCUACUACCAAACACCAGCAUGUUAAUGAGUUUAUGAAGAGUCAGCAGGGGCACACUGGGACUGUAGUUCAGUUGGUAGAGUGUUUGCCUGGUUAGCACUAAGUCCUAUCAUAUAAACUCAAUGUGGUGCCACACGCCUCUAAUGCCAGCACUAGGAAGAGAGGCAGGUGGAUCAGAAGUUCAAGAUUAUCUUUGGCAACAUUGUAAGUCAGAGACCAGCCUUGGCUACAUAGUGAGUUAGAGACCAGCCUUGGCUACAUAGUAAAUUAGAGACCAGCCUAGGCUACAUGAAACUCUGCCUCCAAAAGAGAAAAAAAAUAACAAUAGAGGCAUAUGGUCUCCAAGGCCCAUGGCUGCUGAAAGCAGUCUUUCUCCCCUUUAAUGAUAUGAUACCAGUACAUUUUAUGUUGGGCUCACCACUUCGAUCCAGAUUUCUACCAAAGAGGAAACACUGGUCCUCUGGUCCCCAGAAAGAAAAGAAUCAACUUUCAACCUUGCCAGAUGAGUCUCCUCAAGCAGAUUAUCCUGUGCCGCAGCUCUAAAACAUAAUUAAAUUCUGACACCUUCCCAGAUGUGUAGAGACUUACAUGUGCUGCACAAAGGAAUUCCUUGCCGACAGGUAGAAGGAUCUAAGCGUGGUGUGAAGGAGAAGCAAAUGCAGGGCACACAUGGAAGGAGGGAGGCUAUGCUGGCAUCAGACCCAGCAGAGCGCGGCUGGGGAGCCUUGGUGCUGGGAGCCUCUCUGAGCGGAACUCUUCAUGUCUUUGCUGGGUGCUGGCCAAAACUAUUAAGCCAGACCCCAAAGUUCAUGAUCCAGAUGUGAUGGUGACCUCACACAGUAGGACAGGAGGCUCUCCCUCAGCUGGCUCGCCCUCUUUCUGUAGAAUAUGCUUCCAGGGAACUGCCCCUCCCACCUCCUUCCACCUGUCCCCUGUCACAUUGGACAUUCCAGGGGCAGGACAAGGACAGAUACAGUGUCUGUCCCUGCCCCAGGGUUGUUUAAAACCUUCACAGAAGUGGAUACAGGAGAAAACCUCUAACAAAUGGAAGGCAAAGGGCUGUUCUUACCAGCUGUGAGGAGAGUUUCAGGUCAGUGGGAGUGUGCCCUCCUGUCUGGAGUGGUAUGCACUGGGAACUUUGGGGGAACGGUGUUCCCACCUGCCAUGGUCGUGAUUUCUCACCUGUCCCUUGCUAGCCCAUGCUGUGUCCAUGUAUGUGAAUGUCCUCAUGGCUGGCUGGAUCUCAUUUCAUAAACGGGAUGAAAUGUUGGACUACAGGCAUUACUUAAUGCUGCUGCUGGUGUCCCCAGAGGCACUAGGGGACUUCCGGCUCCUAAAGAAGAAAGAAUGCAGAUGUAGUGAAUUGCAUUUUGGAGUAGUUUCAAGGCCAAGUGGCCCAAGGCCUGGAACAAGGAAUCCAUUUCUCUGUGAGAGGGGAACUGGGAAUGCAGUUGAGUGCUAUCCUACCUCUGGUCCCACAAGGAACAUCAAUGUUGCGUGUAGAAUGCGUACACUGAUUUUUCUAUACAGAAUUUCCCUAUUUGAUGAUCAAAAGAAGGAUGUGCCUAGUGGCUGGGAAAUUCCGUUUGGCUUGCUUCUGUCUUUCAGAGGUCUUUGGAUCAGGAUGCAAAAGCCAUGUUUGGUCAGACAGCCCUGGGUAACGCUUCCAGUUGGGGGUGAUCUUGGAGGUCAUCAUAGGCAGAUACUCUGGACCUAGGCAGUCCUCCAGUUGACAUUGGUGGUUUCCAGAGGCCGCUGCCCUGACUUCAGUCCGCGCACCACGGACUUUCAGAGCUAAGCCACUACAGAUCUGCUGGCACGCAGUCUUAGUUCAGAAACCCGUCAGCUGCUCAGCACACUCACCUGCUUGUUGUUGAGUUCUCUAGCAGCUGGUGAGACUACAGACAGCUAAAGCCGAGUGUUAAGGUGUGAUGGCGUAUCCAUUUAGAAUCCCAGCACUGAAGAGGUGGAGGCAGGGGAAUCGCAAGUUUAAGGUCAACCUGGGCUGGGCUGGAUAUCAAGGUCCUGUCCCAGAAAACCAAGGCUAGUGGGUGUAACAGUGUUGAAAUGUUUGCCUUGUAAGUACAAGGCCCUGGGUUUGUUCCCAGCAACACACACAGACUUUAGCCAAAAUGUACCACCACCUAAAAACAUGGAUUUAUUCCCACCUCCUAAGUGGCUCCAGAACCAGAACCUCAUGAAGGAACCAGGGUGGAGGUGGUAAGAAGUACUCGCUGCAUUUCCUCCUUCCUCUCUGGUAGGUGGUCCCCCAAAUCUCCCUGAGCUCAGCAGUUUCGGGCUAAGGUAGCGCAUCUGGGAUGUAAGGCUUAAGAUCCCAGCACCGAUUGUAUGCUCUGCUCAGAAACCUAGAGGAAACAAACUCUGUAUGUGUGUGUGUGUAACCACGUGCACAGACACAUCUAAGAGACUGAGCAAGAGGCAAGGAAUUGGAAGGAAACGGUCACUUACAGGCUGAGAAGCAACAGUGCCCAGAGUCCUAAAAGCCAAAGGUCUUAGAGGCUUUGCCAGUGGCUCAGACAGAUCUUACCUCUCCACAGAGGCCCUCCCACAGGGCCAGCAACCUCUGCUAGGGAAGGCAUCCUCCACAAAUCCCCAGACACCACUGCUCCAUUGUGGCAAGCUUGCGCAUAGUGUAUUAAGUUAUGGUCACUGGGAAUGAGCAUGGGGAGGGACCUUCCAGGAGUCUCUCAGUACUAUGAAGAAGGGCUGACACUUUUCUGUGAAACAGGCUAGGUAUUAUCUGGUCUCUCUGGAACCCGCUCGCUGCCCGCCAGGAAGCAAUAGCAUACCAGCCCCUCUGCAGCCAUGUCUGUCUGGAGACAAGAAAAGGAAGCUCUGCCCUUGUCAUAAUGUUUAAUCACAUAAAUUAAUUUAUCUAAUCACAUAAAUUAUUUUUUUUAUUCAUCAGAAAUAAACUUUUAAAGGAA